ACCCUCCCAGAUACACAGCCUCAGUAAGGAGCCCGGGAGAGUGCUGGGCUGUGUGCAGCAGUCAUUGGACUGUCAGAUUUGGAGAGCAGGGCAGCGCUCACUCAGCACUCACUAUGAGCUCUCUGCAGGAAGACUCGCUGCAUUAAGCGCCUAUUGUGCCUGGGAUCCCUUCCCUGGGGGCUGUCACCGUGUGAUUUAUUUUUUUAAUUUAUUUAUUUCAUUUUGUUCUUUUCUAUACCUGUUAUUUUUUGGGGGAGCUGGAAAAUGCCAGGAAGUGACACUGGAAUAGCUGUGGACAGGACCUACUCAGACCCUGAGAGGCACCAAAGGACCAAGGCUAGGGUGGACAGGUCUGAUAUGCACACCCUCAGUUUGCCUUUAACCAUAAGACGUGGAGGAUCGGAUACCAACCUUAACUUUGAUAUACCAGAUGGUAUUCUAGACUUUCACAAAGUUAAGUUCUCUGCCGACAGUGUAAAACAAAAAAUCCUCAAAGUCACUGAACAGAUCAAAAUAGAGCAGACUGCCCGAGAUGGUAAUGUGGCUGAGUAUUUAAAGCUGGUGAACAGCGCCGACAAACAGCAGGCUGGACGCAUAAAACAGGUAUUCGAGAAGAAGAACCAGAAGUCUGCUCAUUCCAUAGCUCAACUCCAGAAGAAAUUAGAGCAGUACCACAAAAAGUUAAAAGAAAUCGAGCAAAAUGGAUCUACAAGUAAAAGUUCUAAGGAUAUUUCCAAAGAUAACCUCAAAGAACUACAACAUUCUUUAAAGGAUGUGAACAGCAGUUCUCGAACUGCUGCACAAGGAGAAAGUAGUAAAGCGGGAAUGCCAGGUGUUUCAUUGACUCCUCCAAUGUUUGUGUUCAACAAGUCGAAAGAGUUUGCAAAUCUAAUCCGUAAUAAGUUUGGAAGUGCCGAUAACAUCGCUCAUCUAAAAAAUAGUCUAGAUGACUUUCAUCCAGAGACCAGCCCCAGGAACUUGAGUGGUAGUGCCACAAUAAUGACAAAGCCCAAGUAUGCAAGUGAUGACGAGUGUUCCAUUGGAACAUCUGGCUCUGCGGACAGUAAUGGAAAUCAAACCUUUGACACUGGAAGGACAAACACCAAUGAUAGUCAUGGAAAUCUUGCUGUGUUCCUGGACGAACUGAGGGAAAUCCGAGAAGCUCAGACUCAACUAUCGGAAGAUAUAGAAUCCUUGAAAGUACAAUUCAAGAGAGAAUAUGGAUUUAUUUCUCAGACGUUACAAGAAGAACGAUACAGGUAUGAAAGGCUUGAAGACCAACUCAAUGAUCUAACUGACCUUCACCAACAUGAGACAACCAACUUAAAGCAAGAUCUAGCAAGCAUUGAAGAAAAGGUUGCAUACCAGGCUUAUGAAAGAUCACGCGAUAUCCAGGAAGCGUUGGAGUCCUGCCAGACACGAGUCUCUAAACUGGAGCUUCACCAGCAGGAACAAUUAGCGGUUCAGUCUGAAACCGUGAAUGCCAAAGUACUCCUGGGGAAAUGUAUAAACAUAGUCCUUGCCUUAAUAACUGUUGUCCUGGUUUUUGUCUCCACAAUUGCAAAAUUCACGGCACCAAUGAUGAAGAGCCGCUUCCAUAUAAUCUGCACAUUCGUCGCAGUGACUAUACUCGCAAUACUUUGUAAGAACUGGGAUCAUAUAGUGUGCGCUAUAGAACGCAUCAUCAUGCCAAGGUGAACAUACAGUUAUGUGCUCACGCAUUCACCACCACGUUCAUGAACUGAAAAAAGCCUCAUAUCAAAAAGUUUUCAUCGACACAUUUUUCAGCUGUUUGGAAUGUAGUUCCGAACCAUAUUCCUAGUAGACUGUUGUAUUCCUUCAUUUGACAUGCUCACCUUUACAUGUUGCCUUAACUACAUUUCUUCAAUUAAACGACCGGUUGGGUUGUAGAAGUCACUAAAAGGUGGAGUUUUUGGGAACGAUCUCAAGCUCACUAAACAACCACUGUGCACCUGGUUCCAGAGACACCGAUGUCUGGAUUGCAGUGGAUCUGGCCUAGCACAGUCUACCUGCAUUGCGUUAAAGAUUUCAAAGUGGAAUCUUUGCAGCCUGGCUUGGAUCACCAAAACCAGGCCUUUUUUUAUUUUUAUUUGUAAAUAACGCACCUUUCUAUUCUUGUGGAUUCUGAUGUAGGGGUUGCUUUUAACCCACUGACAGCAUCACAUUUUUACCCCCAAAUGAACAAGAACUGGGCAUUUGACUAAAGAACCAAACACCCACAUUUAUUGAAUGUCAUUUAAAAUAUAUUUUCUGAGCUGUAUAGAUGAGCAGCUGAAAUUGGUAUGUACCUGGGGGGGUAACACUGACAUAGAAGGAAUCUGAGAUAAAAGAAAAUAGUGGUUUACAAAUCACAUAUAUAUCUAUUUCUAGGUAAAUAUAUAAUUAUUUCAAUUAAUCUAUUUUUUUUUAUAAAGUGUGAUAUAAAAACAGCUUGUUCAUUUUUGUUUUCAUUCCGAAUAAAGCACUAUACAGUGUGGUUAUCUGCCAACACGUUAAAAAAACCAAAACAGAUUUUACUUAAAAUAUGUUUUGUAGCAUUUGAUGCCCAUCUGUUUAGUGCUUAAGCCACAUCUUCACUGCUAAUCGUCGGCUAAAAUACUUUGCAUGCGUGGCGUGAUAUUUGGCCGUUUUAUUUGUUUCUCCGGUGAUAUGCUGCUGUAGGGUAAGAUUGAUGAAUAACUUAAUUUUGUGGUAUGAGAAAAAAAUAGGAUAAUGUGUUUCUGCUGUUCAAAAUUUAAUGCUUGGGUAAUACAAAGGAUUGUGGAGUUGUCAUGACAAAAAUUUAAUAUAUGUUUGCGUCAUGUCUAUGUUGUCUUUUAAGAGUAUCUUACAGACAUUUUAAUUCCAGCUGAUAUAUUGGGAUCCAGAAUGGGUGUCUAAUAUUUAACUUUCUCAAAAUUCAGUUGUUUAGCACUAGCUGAAAAUGGGAUGUGGAUAAGGUAUUUUUUUAUCAUGCCUGUAAAAAACCAAUUAUUGAUAUAAAAGUCCAGUUUAAUCAGGCAACUGAAUAGGUAAUUGUGUCCUUAUAAUAAUUAUAGGUUCGUUUUAUCAUGCCAAAUUAAAUUUAUCUGUUACGUUUCAAACUAAAAUGUAAAAAUCCAGACGUGGCUCUGUCAUCAAAACAUAUUUGCAAUAUCAUACAGCAAAUUUAAACCAGUAAACCGUUUUGAAACUUUGUUACAGAGGGUUUAUAUCAAAACAACACUUCGUUAGACACAUUCUAAUUUAGCUGAUUACUUUUCCUUCAGUUCAGUAAUUGACUGAGCAGUUCUAAUGAUGCAGUUCAGAGAAUCAAUAUGGAUAUCUCCCAAGUCUCAAGUCAAUGCAAAGUUUUACUUGUCUAGUCUUGGGGCCCAUCAAUAGCUGAUUUACACAAUCUGUAAAACUUUGGAAAUUGUAGAAACUUUAAAAAGGGAUUUAUUAUUUUUUUUUUUUUUUCAACAGAGCCAGUUACUAUAAUGGGUUAUUCCAAGCAUCAUAACCACUGCAACUCGCUGUAAUUAUGCCAGGAGUACCCUGGCACUUUUUCACAGUAAUGGGGCACAUAGAUUAGCAACACUUUGCCCUCAUACCUGAUUCUACAUCGGCUUUUGAUGCUCCCUGGUGGUCUAGCGGAAGAUGUCUGGCUUCUGAAGUGGUCAUGGUGCUUGGAGUAGACCUUUAAUAACCACAAUCUGGUGCCCCACUGUAAGGGAUCCUUGUAUAGAUGUGGUAAUACACCCUGUUGUUAUUAAUUUACAGCCUCCCUCCAGCAAAAUAGUAUGGCAGGUUUAUAUCAGAGAUUUACAUUUGUUGGAUUUUCACGAGCUAGAAGUUUUCACAUGUAUAGCAUGGUGAAUAUUCUUCUCCUGCCCUAUUGUAUUCUUUAGAAUAUCAAUCAUUGUUUGUCCAUAAUAUACAUAGCUAGUGAAUUUUAACUGGUUUUUAAGUGUCAAACAAAUCUUUGUGUACUAAAUGUUUACAAAUGUCAAUCGUUGCAACUGACUUAAAUUGCAAUCUGCUUAGGUGCUGCAUGAAUCCUAUCCAGUCACUUGAAAAAAAUAUAUAUUUUGAAACACAGCGUAGAUUUACAGAGUGAACAAUGCUUAUUCCCCCGCCCCCCACCCACAAUCUAAAAUAGCAUCACUAGCAUUUUUGUAAUAACCUUCUAUAAUUGUUAUAGUUGUUUUAAUUUGACAAGAUUAAAGAGGUGCUGUCUCUUCACCAGGAUUUUAGUAUUGUGCUGCGUAUCUCCUGCAUCUUGCAAGUUUAUGAUUGUGAGGUCUGCAAAAUAAAAUUAAAUAUAGCAACUCAAGAUCACUCAAUUUUUGGGACGGAUUACCUCCAUCUUGCCCCUGUCAGUCAUUGUUAUAGGUUCUGCACUUUGUAUCUGUCAAUCGGCAGAGAGAGAGCUUAUAGAAUGUUUUUAUUCAACAGUAUAAUUUCCACUGAAGUAACUGUUCCUCUUUCAAUGUGCUGUGCUUCUAUCUCUGACCAUCAUCACAGAGAGUCUAAUUUGCUAGGUUUGACAUUCUUUGUAGUACAGCAAAUAGGUGGAGCAGUGAAUAACAAAUAUUGUAAAUACUUCAUUCUUUGUGACCGUUACUGAAAACAUCAUAGAGAGGUGCUUUAAGCUUUCAAAAAGAAUGUAACUCUAUGGUAUAUUGUUUUUACUGUCAGUUAUACCAGGGACAUAUUUCUCCAGCUCCCUAAUAUGUACAAAGUAGCACUGCAGAACAGACUAGAGAAAACAUUUCUGCUAACAUCAUUAAGAAAAGAUAGAUGCACAUAAAAUUACACGUUUAUUUAAGAAUUGUAAAAUUAAUUAACAUUGCUCUCUCUAUAAUUGACUUGCACCCAAAAGGAAAUCAAUUGUACAUUUGAAAGCUCUGAAAACCGUUUGUUAUGUAAUAGAUUUUUAUGCAAGAUUAAAUACUGUAUUUUCUUUAUUCUAUAUUUUGAUAUGAGAGAGUCAUCGUCCACGGAAAACCCCCAACUACUAUGAAUGGAGCUGAAUUGAUGGGAACAAAAAAUAGAGGGGUGGAAUGAGAUUGUAAACAAAUAUAUGUAUAUAUAAAAAAUAUGUAAAUGUAUGAAUUAUAAACUACUUUGUUGAAUAAUUGUAUUUUUUUUUUUUAAGAAUUUUGAAAGAUUAUUAACGAAGGAUGCUGCCAGCUUGUUGACCUUCUUGAUGAGCGUUUAUGAACCGCAUUGUUUCUUGGUUCACUUGCUAACCUGCUGCAGUUCAUGCAGACAUUCUGUAAUGUUGAACCUGUGUAAACAUAAAACUUUUUUUUUCCGCAAAUUA